CAAAAUUUUGAUAGUUUCUUAAAUCCGUUGUGUUUUCUUAAUUUAAAUCGUUUCGUUACCUAGAAAAUGGUUCGGAACUCUGGAGCGGAGUUGGAGCUACCCGUUGCAGGUUGGAAUCGGGGUCUUUCUUUCGAUCAGAUGCAGGCGGUAGAUGAAUUGAGAGAAGCAUUAGACUUCGAUAUCAAUGUAACUCGAGACUGUCUGUUGCGUCUGGGUGUACGUCCUUUGGUUGGAAACAAACAGCUUCUCAGGAUUGUUCAAUUAAGUCGUGGACAGAGUCUUGCUUUCCUCUACUUUCUGUUCCAGGAACACUACAGUUCCGGCAAAUCAUGCGGAAAAUAUACAGUUAAUGGACAACUCUUGCUCUCGGCUAUUGCCUAUCUUGAUCUGCCGGCCACUAUUCGAGCCCUAGACGAGGUACUUCCCCUGCGCGGAAAUCGUGUCAGUGAAUCGAAUACUCCACUGGAAGUUCAAAAGAAGCACUCUGCUCGUCAAUCGGUGUUUGGGGUAGAAAGUGAGAAGCCGUCCAUUGCUAUGCCAGCUACACUUCAAGUGGAAGACAAAGUUUUUUCCUCUAAGGUGACACAAACAAGGACUCGAUCUUCGGGACAACCUGUCAGAAGUGCACAGCCUUACUUUCAGAAGCAGCCUCGUCCAAAAUCGUGUUACCGUUCAACUCGUUUUUUGGCAAAUUACCCGCAUUUUCAGGUGCAGAUUCCCAACGAGGUGGGAGACGCCAAGGAUGACGAUGAUCGGUGGUUCGCCAAUUACCAAUUUCAUCCGAUCCAGCGAACUGUUAAGGCAUUUAUUAGCCACGAGCUAUGCCACCUAUUUGACCAAAUAGACGAUUCCCUUAGUAAUCCUGACCAGGAGCCAAGGGAUCUGUGUGAAUACCACAAGGGAACUCGAUCCCAGAAACGACUAUCGUUUCUAAACGAGCAACGCCGACGAUACCUGAAGAUGCUUGAUGUAGAAGGGAAUGAAAAGCGGCUUAAUAGAGAGCGAAUUAUCCAUCACCUGAAUAGAGAUGUGGAUGAGUACCUUCUUAAGUUUGGUGACAAGGGUUGGAGUCCCGGAGUGCCUGCUUUUCGGAAAACCGGCUGUGUCGCCUGCAACGAAUUAGUUCACGUAAGCUUGGAGACUAGUCCACAGGUGUUGCUACUCGAAGGUAAAUGGGGUGUUCUAUACGAUAGGAGUGGUCCCAAAAUGAGGCUUUGUGGUGGGGAGGAUAAUGAGAAAAUGUUCUUGAAAGAUAAGGAUCCUAAGGGCAAUGAAAAAUAUUUUGCCGCACCCGGAGGAUAUAAACCCUAUGCUUUUAACUAUGAUGAAGUAUUCGAUAAAGACAGUGAGCACGCUUUGGGCACCGUGGAUGUUAUUCGGAAUUCAAUAGUGAAAACCCUUUCUAACGGUGUAGACCUUUCUGAUGGUAUAGACCGAGAAAAUGGUUUAUCGCAGACAAUUCGGAGCAGCCACAUCGAUGAAGCUGUCUCUCGGUGUGUGGGAAAAAUCUUCGAAAAGAGUUUACUGGCAGCGCCAUGUGUGGUCACUCCCAGAGGUUCCAAAGAGCGCCUCGUUUAUAACCGCAGUUGGAUCGAUCCCGACGACGUGAAAUUCAUGGACCAAAUGCUUAGCGAUGCGUUCAAAUUAUUACGACAGGAUUCUAAACUUGUGCUCGCCAGUCUACCCGAAGGCCACCAAAUUCCGGAGCUAAGAGAGUGGAUUCGGAGACGAUAUGGAAAACGAUAUGGUGCCCAAAACCAUGAGGAGUCUGAAAAGAUUAAGAUUAGAAUGAAUGAACUUUCGGAGAUGACAAAGAAAUUGAUUCCACUGAUGGCUGAUGUAGACCCCCGAAUAGUUCGACAAAAUCCUCUACCUUUUGACUUAUACAAAGACAUUAUGGAAGUGUCUGAAAAAUUUAAGAAAUCGUACCGGGAAAAAGUCAUCGAAAUCGUCCUUAAGCAAACCCGACUUUGUUGGCAGGCGCAGCACAACUUGCGCUCCUAUAACAGUUCCGGACUCCGCCGUACCUUCUUUUCAUACCUGCCAAGCACUGCCCGAAAUAGGGACCCCACGUUCAGCAUCUAUUUGGCACAAAAAAAUGCCAGAAUAACCUGACUUAUAUAUAAAUAUUAUAGGCAGUUUAUUCUGGCCGUAUGUUUGUUACUGACGGCAGGGGAAAUAGUGCUUGGCUUGGACAGUAGCAUGAUUUUUUUUAAGAUAAUUGACACGUUUAUUUGACAACUAUGCUCUCAAAAUUUAUGAAUGUUUUUAUUCUCUGACAAUGUACUCGUAUUUUUGUAUAUUUACAAUACGUGUAAGCUAAAACUAAAUAAAAAAGCAGUUUACUGUUA